AUGAGCUCCAGGACCUUGGUCGGGCUGCGAUCAACUACAUCGACACACCUGCAACGCAGUGGUGUUGCUGCCGCUGCUGCCGUCAGCAGUAGUAGUACUAGUAGUAGUGGCAGUGCCCCGCGUCGAUGUCUUUCCUCGGCUUCCGGUCGGCAAGUGCAGCAGAGUGCCGAGUUCUCCUCCAGCAGCAAAACUUGGGAUCGCUUAGGUCACCGCGCCAAGGAGAAGCUCCUAGACCGCGAAUUCUUCCUAAGCUUGUUGAACUCCGCCUCAACCAAGCGUGAGGCCAAAUCUUAUUUGGCCCGUCUCAAAGCUCAACAUCAAGGAACUACUCCCCUGAAGCCGGCCGCCAAGCAAUCCGGAGUAUCGGAAGCGACAGCACCAGUGUCGUCGGGUGCCAGUUCAACCUCAUUCUAUGGCGCCUCCCGAUCGGUCUAUGACAGCCCCGUCUUCAGACAUGACUCAACUCCAACACCUCCCCUUCAAGAUGUGUCUGAGCGCCUGCACCUGGCCCUGGUCAAGAUAACCACUCCACAGCUUCUCGAUGACUUGACCGUCAACGGCGUGGCCAAAACCCUCUCGCAGCUGAAUCGUCUGGGAAUGGCUUGUUGCGUGGUAGUCGACCCGGGCACAGCAGGCGAUCCUAACAAACUGCGGAGGAUCGCGGCCGAGCAGGCAGAUCGCAUCUCAACAGCUGUGGAUGCCCAGCCGGACUCGAAAUCAGCUCACAUCGACUCUGUCCUAUCCGUUUCUGCGCAGAACCCUGAAGCACCCAAAGUCUUAUCCCGGAAAGUACUGCUCGGGCCGUUGCGCGAUGGUCACAUCGUGGUCUUGGCCCCCAUUGCUUAUACAGAAGACGUUCCUCGAGCAGUGACGGUCUCGGCCAGCGAUGCCAUCCUGGCCCUCACCAAAGAGCUGGCCGGACUGGCAACAAAUCCUGACCCUGAUGAAGACCCAAUACUGACGGCCCAACGGAUCGCGACCCUGCAGGAAGAAGUAUCCUUGGAUCGAGUCAUCCUCCUGGACCCCUUGGGCGGGAUUCCUGCUUUCAGUGGGCCUCAGACGUCCCAUGUUUUCAUCAACAUGGAGCAGGAAUUCGACGAUAUUGAGAACGAGUUGCUGCGGGUGUGGCAGUCAGCAGCAUCUGCAAAGAAUAAUCUUCCUGAAGAAGGUUUACCGUCCAUUGCUGAUAGUAAUCCUCUCUCCAAAUUCGCCGACACGGAAGUCGUCCCAGUGCCCCCUAGUCAGAAAGCGUACUCCUCGGACCUAACUUUGGAUACAAGCAUGGUGGAGGGCCACAUAAAUAAUCUGCGACUAAGCCAAGCCGCACUGGCGAUGCUACCCUCGGCAUCGUCUAGUAUCAUCACCUCCCCACUCGAAGUUGCGAAUUCAGCACAGAGCCCUGGAGGCGCUAGUCCAGAUGUAUCAGCUGUUGGAACCCGAAGACAGAGGAACCCGCUCAUCCAUAAUCUUCUGACCGACAAGCCUUUGCUCUCGUCUUCUUUGCCCCUAAGCCGACGUGCAGCCCUAAAUGGCGGAGGCGACUCGAUUGCUACACAGGCCUCCCAUACCACGUUUGUCAAGCGAGGCAUGCCGCUGACCAUCAUUCCGAAUCCAUGGCUUUCACCUUGGACGGCCAGAGAUCGGCCGCGUCUGGGGCUCGAUGAUCCCUCGAUCGACCUGCCCCGACUGGUCCAUCUCAUCGAGGAUUCCUUCAAUCGCAAACUUGACGUACAAGACUACCUCAACCGAGUCAACGGUCGUCUGGCCGGACUCAUCAUUGCAGGUGAGUAUGAAGGAGGCGCCAUCUUGACGUGGGAGCUUCCUCCCGGCGUAGAGGAUGAUGGGAGUGAGGCGAGCCAAGCUCGCAUGGUUCCCUAUCUGGACAAAUUUGCCGUUUUGAAACGUAGUCAAGGUGCCGGUGGUGUGGCCGAUAUCGUCUUCAAUGCGAUGGUCCGCUCUUGUUUUCCGAAUGGCGUGUGCUGGCGCAGCCGCAAGGACAAUCCCGUGAACAAGUGGUACUUUGAGCGCUCGCAGGGGACAUGGAAAUUAUCGGAUAUGAACUGGACCAUGUUCUGGACUACUCCAGGACUGACGGACGAUUCUCAAAAGUUUCGGGAUUACGAGGCCGUGUGCCGCAGUAUCCAGCCGAGCUGGGCUGAUGACACCGGUGUUGUGGAUUGA